AAUGUGUUCAUCAUUUACUUCAAGUAAUAACAUGAAAAAAAAGCUAUAAUCUUAUUUAUAAAAGAUUGUGUUUUUAAUUGAAGAAAUGGUUGGUUAGACUUUGUCUAGACACAACAAUAUGAAUCAGACGACAGCUAGUGCAACCCCCUUGAGCUUCGUUGGAAAAAUCCUGCUUACAAUGACAGAAGAACAGAGGGAAUCAUGGCGACGGACAAUUAUCGCGUGCACCAACACUACAUACGAGUUUGAACCUUAUACAACGUACUGCGAUAUUAAAACAGACAUCGUUUGCUGGCCGCCAACCAAGGGAGGCAGCACUGCCGAAGCCCAGUGCUUUGAGCAUCAGUUUACCAACACUAAAAACAAAGCUCGCAGAUUUUGCUUUCAAAACGGAACUUGGUCAAAGGCAUAUUACUUAGACUGUUUUAAACAAGAUCUGAGCAAGGCAGAUGUUUUGGCAGAAAGUAGAUCAAUUUCAGUUCUAGUAUUCGACAUUGGAUAUUCCUUAACAUGCGUCACAUUGAUAAUUGCAAUUAGCUUAUUCUUCUAUUUCAAGACCUUGAGAUGUUUGCGGAAUUUAAUUCACUGUAAUCUGAUGAUUGCAAUGUUGGUCUCAAGUAUUCUAUAUCUAAUCUCUUCGUUCACUAGGAUGAAACUGGAUUCUGUGUCAUAUUAUGGUUGUAGAGCCUUUGUCUUUUUCAUGAUCUUUUUCAACACGGCCGUGUACUUUUGGAUGUUCGUCGAAGGCGUUUACCUGUUUUGUAGCGUGGUUUGGGCGUUACAGUCAUACAUGAUGCGGUUAUGGCACUUUGUUAUAUUUGGCUGGGGACAAUAUAAUGAGCAGAAAUCUUUGAUGAGGAAAACAUACGUAAAAACAACAAUUUCUUUCUGUUUUGUAGGCAGUCCGUUUUUAGUGACUUCCAUUUAUGCAGUCUUGAAGGCUCAUCAUGAUACAGACAAUAUCUGUUGGCUACCUUCACCGAAGUCCAAGAAUACGAUCACAAUCUAUACAAUUGUUGCAUUUACAUGUUUAACACUGUUAGUGAUCAAUGUAAUAAUUGUAGCUAUUGUGGUGUGGAUCCUCUGUCAUAAACUGCGAGAAUCUACAUCAAUAGAAACACAACAAUUCCGCAAAGCUACACGGGCUAUCGUGAUAUUACUUCCCUUGCUUGGUCUACACUUAAUUUUGACCUACCCUUUAGAGUUUCUUAGUUCUACGGUAGAAGUAUUUUUGUCCGUCACACGUAAUUUUCUACAGGGCAUUCAGGGUAUUUUGGUGGCUACAUUCUAUUGCUUUCUGAACAACGAGGUGCAGGAAGCUAUUCGUCUCAGGGUGUUUGUGUAUCAAGAGAAAAGGUCUCUUUAUGCAUCAUUGACUAACAUAUUAAGCAGCAGAAGGAGUAACCACUCGUCCUCUGCUUUGAGAAAUUCCUAUGAAAAUGCGAAAUCUACCCUUCCUGUCAAGAACGAGGGCGCAGAAUCUCCGCGGCCUUUACCUACGUCCUCAGACAGUCGCAAGGCAUCCUUCAUUUGGAGCGAGACUUCUGUUUAAUUGAAAUCUACGCUAUUGAUGUCGUGGAGAAACCUGAACUGACCUAGGUCUCGCAAGUCUAAUCACGCAUUUUAUUUUUACUUGACGCUGUAAUUAAGUGUUACUUGGGCUUUGAAUUUAUUUUCAGUUCGAAGCAGCCGAUGUACUGGACAGUUAGUUUAAUAUCUGAUAAUAUUACAUUUUAUUUUUUAAAAUGAUAUCAAUUGUUUUAUUAAUAUCAAUUUUAAGGUCUAGUAGAUUUUAAUUGAUUACUUUUCAGAUAUUGAGAUUCUAGAAUAGAAUUUAAAAUAUGUGAGUCCUAUAAUAUUUAGUAGUCUGAAAAAGGCCUACAACUAGAUAUAUAUUCCAAAUUGUGUAUCUUAAGCAUGUAUUAGCUGAGACUAUAGAGGUCAUUUCUCAAUACUUGUUAUAAGCUAUGAGAAUGAAAUAAGGUUAGAUAUGUCAUCUAUGUUUUCAUGUUUAAACAUUUUUAUUUUAUUUUUUAUUUUUUUUUUGCUUUAAUGAUAAUGUAAUGUUAUUCUCAUAAAACUUGAAUAUUGGUAGCAGAUUUUGACGCCGACAUUUCAUUCAGACAAAUUACACAUUGAUGAUGUCCUUGAUUACUUUCGUGUUUUAUUUCAUCCCUCGUAACGUGGUCCAAUGUUUUGUCCAAGAUGUGCCAAUAAAUAAUUCUUUUACAAAAA